UCCGCGGGGGAGCGGAGAAAGGUUCUGGCCAGUGCCCGGCGCCCGGGCUGCUCUGCCGCGGCGGUGACGAGGCUGGAGGCCCGGCGGAGCGCCGGCAGGGGAGUUGGGAGGCGGAUUCCGCCUCCCCUGAGCGUUAGGGGGCGGGAGGAGGGGGCCGGGCCAGCGGCGCAGCUAGCCGCCGAAACAGAGGGCUGAGCGAUGGAGGCCGACGGGCUGCCGUGGGCCGGCGAGUCCGUUUCGGGCCCCGGCCCGGGAGGCGGCGGAAUGAUCCGCGAGCUGUGCCGGGGCUUCGGCCGCUACCGCCGCUACCUGGGACGGCUGCGGCAGAACCUGCGAGAGACCCAGAAGUUCUUCCGCGACAUCAAAUGCUCCCACAGCCACGGUUGUCCCUCCUCCCCCGCGGGCGGCGGCGCGGCCGAGCUUGGCCCUGCCGGCGACGUCGCCGAAGCCCCGCUGCCAGCGGGCCAGCUGAGCUGCAUUUCCUUCCCACCUACGGAAGAGAAGUAUCUCCAGCAGAUUGUGGACUGCCUUCCCUGUAUAUUGAUCCUCGGCCAGGACUGUAAUGCCAAGUGCCAGCUGUUGAACCUGCUGUUGGGGGUGCAGGUGCUCCCCACCAUCAAGCUGGACAGUGACGAGAGCUGUAAGCUUCGGCGCCUCCGCUUCACCUACGGGACUCAGACUCGGGUCAGCCUGGCACUCCCUGGUCAGUAUGAACUAGUACACACACUGGCUGCACACCAGAACAACUGGGAGACCAUCCCUGAGGAGGACUUGGAGGUUCAGGACGACAGCGAGGAUGCUGCUCAUGUUUUAGCUGAACUGGAGGUGACCAUGAACCAUGCUCUCCUACAGGAAGUGGAUAUUGUGGUGGCACCAUGCCACAGCCACCGGCCUGCCGUAGAUGUUCUGGGUGACUUGGCCAAUGAUUUCUUGCCUGUGAUAACCUAUGCACUUCACAAAGAUGAACUGUCUGAGAGGGAUGAGCAAGAGCUUCAGGAAAUCAGAAAGUAUUUCUCCUUUCCCGUGUUCUUUUUCAAAGCACCCAAGCUAGAGAUAAUGGACUCCUCCAGUGGGAGAGCAGAGUGUGACAGAUCACCACUGUAUCAACAGCUAGUGGAGCUGGGCUAUCUGAGCGGCAGCCACAGGAACUGUGGAGGCUCCGACCAGGACAGUAAAGCUCAGAGCAUGUUGGUGGAGCAAAGUGAGAAGCUGCGACAGUUGAGUACAUUUUCUCACCAGCUGCUACAGAACCGCCUAGUGGAUGCAGCCAAGGCUCUGAACAUGGUGCACUGCCACUGCCUUGACAUCUUUAUUAACCAGGCUUUUGACAUGCAGCGGGACCUGCAGAUCACUCCCAAACGUCUAGAAUAUACUAGAAAAAAGGAGAAUGAAUUGUAUGAAUCAUUGAUGAAUAUUGCCAACCGAAAGCAGGAGGAAAUGAAGGACAUGAUUGUUGAGACACUUAACACCAUGAAAGAGGAACUUCUGGAUGACGCUGCCAACAUGGAGUUUAAAGAUGUCAUUGUCCCUGAGAAUGGAGAAACAGUAGGCACCAGAGAGAUCAAAUGCUGCAUCCGACAGAUCCAAGAGCUCAUCAUCUCCAGGCUUAACCAGGCGGUGGCCAACAAGCUGAUCAGCUCAGUGGAUUACCUACGGGAAAGCUUUGUUGGGACCCUGGAACGGUGUCUGCAGAGCCUUGAAAAAUCACAGGAUGUCUCAGUUCAUAUUACCAGCAAUUAUCUCAAACAGAUCUUAAAUGCCGCUUAUCAUGUUGAAGUCACAUUUCACUCUGGGUCCUCAGUUACGAGGAUGCUUUGGGAACAAAUUAAGCAGAUCAUCCAGCGCAUCACAUGGGUGAGCCCACCCACCAUCACUCUAGAGUGGAAGAGGAAGGUGGCCCAGGAAGCCAUCGAGAGCCUCAGCGCCUCCAAGUUGGCCAAGAGCAUUUGCAGCCAGUUCCGCACUCGGCUCAAUAGUUCUCAUGAGGCUUUUGCAGCAUCCUUGAGGCAGCUAGAAGCUGGCCACUCUGGCCGUUUGGAGAAAACUGAAGACCUGUGGCUAAAGGUUCGAAAAGACCAUGCCCCCCGUCUGGCCCGCCUUUCACUGGAAAGCCGGUCUUUACAGGAUGUCUUGCUUCACCGUAAACCUAAAUUAGGCCAGGAACUAGGCCGGGGCCAAUAUGGUGUGGUGUACCUGUGUGACAACUGGGGGGGACACUUCCCUUGCGCCCUCAAGUCAGUUGUCCCUCCAGAUGAGAAGCACUGGAAUGACCUGGCGCUGGAGUUUCACUACAUGAGGUCUUUGCCAAAGCAUGAGCGGCUGGUGGAUCUGCAUGGUUCGGUCAUUGACUACAGCUACGGUGGAGGCUCCAGCAUCGCGGUGCUGCUCAUUAUGGAGCGGCUGCACCGGGACCUCUACACGGGGCUCAAGGCUGGACUGACCCUGGAGACACGUCUGCAGAUAGCUCUGGAUGUGGUGGAGGGAAUCCGCUUUCUGCAUAGCCAGGGGCUUGUCCAUCGGGAUAUCAAACUGAAAAACGUGCUGCUGGACAAACAAAACCGUGCCAAGAUCACUGACUUAGGAUUCUGCAAGCCAGAAGCGAUGAUGUCAGGCAGCAUUGUUGGGACACCCAUCCAUAUGGCCCCUGAACUUUUCACAGGAAAGUAUGACAAUUCCGUGGAUGUCUAUGCUUUCGGGAUCCUCUUCUGGUAUAUCUGCUCAGGCUCUAUCAAGCUCCCCGAGGCAUUCGAGAGGUGUGCUAGCAAAGAUCAUCUCUGGAACAACGUGCGCAGAGGGACCCGGCCAGAGCGUCUUCCUGUGUUUGAUGAGGAGUGCUGGCAGCUGAUGGAAGCAUGUUGGGAUGGUGACCCCUCCAAGAGGCCUCUCCUGGGCAUCGUCCAGCCUAUGCUCCGAGGCAUUAUGGGCCGGCUUUGCAAGUGCGACUCUGAGCAACCCAACAGAGGACUAGAUGAUUCUACUUGAAGACCAAACCUUUCUCUUCCACGCUUCCUUCCUUCCCUCUCACCUUCUGGCCAUGGGGAGAAUUUGUCAUUUGUUCAUUAAGGGAGCUCCUAAGGGAAUUGGUGCUUGUUGGCAACUCAAGACCUUCCUGGGCAGAGAUGGCUCCUGGACAGUGAAGAAUUCAGUGGCUGUUUCAGUAUUCAUGCUGCCUCACACUAUCUCUUUAGCAAAAGAUUGUCUCAGAUGUGUAAAAGCUGAAGAAUGUGAUGUUCUGGCCUCAGAACGGAAAAGGAGGCAACUGUUACCACUGUCUAGUCACUGUAUAUGUUUCUAAAACACGUGGGGCCCUGCAGUGCAGGGCAUCCAAACUAUCAUGUCACGACUUCAGCUCUAGCUGGGAACAGUUCGGUUCUGUGCAGUGGUAGAGACCACUUAGAAACAUGACCUUAGUUCAGGAGUGUAUGAUUGUAAGGGCAAAACCAAAACAAAACAAAACAAAAAACCAACUCAGCCAGAUAUAUGUUGUGGUUGCCAGGAUCUCAGGUUGUAAGUCAGAAGCCCCAGGAGGCAGCUGGGUGUGAAGCUGUCUACCCUCACAACCCAGUGUUUACAUUUCCAGGGUAAGGGAGCCCUGGUUUCUGCAGGGCAGGGCUAACCCAGAAGAGAGUCUGUUGGAUUCGUGGGUUUCCCUCACCCUCUGCCUUCUUUCCCUAAAAAGGAGGGAGUACUCCAGACAGCAUGGGAAUACUCCAGACAUCAUGGUACUUGGACUUGGGCAUCUGAUCAGAAAUAGAUUAUAAUUUUGUUGUGUUUAAUGGGAUGUAGCCCAGGCUGGCCUUAAAAGUCUCAUCCUUCUGCCUCAUCCUCCAAAGUGCUGAGAUUACAGGCAUCUGCUACCAUGCCUGGCUUUUAGCUCUAUAACACUCUUGUGUUUCCUUCUUCAGGGCUGGGGGCAGCCCCACAGCCGCAGAUGUGCUGUGAAGUGCUCUCUCACGAGCUACACUCCAGCUUUCUAGAGCUUUCAAAGCUGACUUUUAACACUAGGCACCGUGAGCUUUGAUAAUGAUGCGGUUGAGCAUGAUGGUCUCCUAAAUACUCACAGCUCCUCAGAAAUGCCAUGCAAUGCUUUCUACAUGCAAUUGUAACGGACAAGUGAUGGGCCCAGUGUCUUUGGGUUCAUUGACUCUGGCCUCAUUUUUUGUAAAAUGCUUAGUUUAGCUCUUAGAAUUUUAACAUCUACUCAACUAUACCUAGUUACUCUGUUCUGAGCAUUAAUUUGUUGUCCUCUGGACACAGUAGGAUGUACAGGAAGUCAGGCGUCAAGAAAGAAGAAAUGAGUCAUCUCUAUUAGUUGGGUCUGUUGUGUGUGACACUUAAAGAGGCUUUGGGUAGCAGGAGACUGCUGACCUUGUUCUUGAACUCUAACUGUAAUACAAAGGCAAUAGUUCCAGUAUGGAAGCCCUAUUCCUGGCAUUCUUUGCACAUCUUAGCUCAGGCUCAGACGCGUAAGUGAGAGGUUAGAUUUUUUUUUCCCCAUCCAGGGUCCAUUUUCAGUCUCUUGUCAGAUUGCAGGUUCUUUUUUUUUCAAUCUUUAACUUUUAAAAAGAAGAUUCCCUGCAUUUUUCUACACAGUGAAAGGGAGAGGCUAAUGCCAGGUAAGGAGAUAAAGAGUAGUUUUAUAGUUCAUUCAUAAAAAAGUGUCCGGAAAAGUCCAAGGUAUUCCUGAAAGUGUCCGGACAAGCCAAAGGCCACAUGGGGGUAUUUGGUGGUGGUAUUUCAAUGCUCAGCAGGCUGAGCAUGUGUACACGUAUGUCUAAUUUGUGUGUAUUUUACUUUAUAACAUUGUAAGCUAAUUUUGGAUUCUUUGUUUUUUAGCAUCUAUUAUUAUUUCAGUGAUAAAAUGCCAUGAAAUGUACUGUAUUGUAUGUCACUUGGGAAGACACUAGGUCCUCAGAGAAAUGAGGUGGCACUUAGGGUAGUACAGGGCUUAAUAGGGCCAAAGUUUUGAAGAUUUACCUCCAGGCUGAGGCAGAAAGAAGGGUGGCAUAGAGAGUUACCUUUACUGUGGCCAUCCUUCAACAAAAAUUUCCAUGAGGGCAGUUUACUCUAGCCGAGAGUAAACUAGGAGCUGCAAAUCUGGUCUCUCGUUUUGCUUUGGAAUGGGGGCAGGCCUUCCUGCAGAGCAGUCAGAAGACAUGCUGGCAGUCUGGCCCUGCACGGCUCGCCUGUGCCCCUGAGCUAGCAACAGCACAGCCGAGGAGCUUCCUGACUGAGCAGCCUUCCACUGCCCUCCGAAAGAGGACUGCCCUGGUGGUUCCCAGACCAAAGAGAGUCACUUCCAACUCCGUCCACUUUAAGGGACAGGGCUAGGCAGCCACUGGGUCAAAACGUUAACACUAAAGCUCAGAGAAGCUGAGGAAAGGCUGCAUUACUCCACAGCUAGAGCUAGGUCAUGGCAAAGUCUGAACAUUCGUCAGCUCCCCGAGUGCUGUCAGAGCGGUUAGAGCACUCAGGGGCGUGCAGUUCAGGGGUAGAAUGUGCUUAGCAUGCGCGUGGGCUUGGGUCAGUGUCUAGUACCAAAACAAAGCAAACACAGAGGUCAAGAGGGCUUGGACAAUGUUCUUCCCGACAGCGGCCUGGGGCAGUGGGGCUGUGAGUGACAGCUGCACUAAUGACACUUUGUUUUUGUUGUUUCUUAUUCAGCACUGAGCAGCCGGGGAUGGGUUGGUGCAGUCACACUUUGGGAAACUGAGGCACCCUCUGAUCUCGCUCUAGAGAGAUGCCCUGCUUGUUUGGUCUAGCUUACUGGGAGACCUCCCAAGCCCACCUUGUGUCAGGACGGAUUAACAGCCUUGGAAAGUGCAUUCCAAAGGAGGAGCUGCUUUAAGUGUUCAGAACUUGCAUUUUGCACUUGCUGGGUCAAACAUUCCACAUUUUUCUUAAAAGAAAAUGAGGAUUUAGUCGUCUAAGUGUUGGGUAUGUGGGGUAGAGCUAGUGUGAUAUUAGAAUGGCCUUAAGACAUCUAUACUACAAACUCCCCUAGAAGUUUCAAGUGGUACUGUUGGUCUUAAAAGAGUUUUAUUUUAACUUUGUCUGCUUUUUUAGCACUUAGUGUGAUUGACGUAGUGGUGGAGACUAUGAACAUCUAACGUCGGGGAGGCCAACUAGCCCAGAGGGUGGACAAGAAACAGUCUGGAUGGCUUGCUGGUUUU